CACAUAAAAUUUUGCGGUAUCUCGCGUUUUCGGGCGUUGCGUCUCGGGAGAAAUAGAUUUUCCUCGAGAUUUCACGGUGAUUGUUCCGCUCGUCGUUGUUGUUGGCUGGUUGGCGAACGUGUGAACCGGUGUUUCCGGAAGGUGAUUAGCUUGCUGGAAGAAGAAAGCUUGAAUCCGCUUGGCAUACGAGCCUCAGUGUGACCCCACAUCGCUUGCAGUCGGGGAGAAAAAUCCAGAUCCAGAAUGGCUCUCAAUCCACAGUACGAGGAAAUCGGCAAAGGAUUCGUCACCCAGUACUAUGCCAUGUUUGACGACCCGCAGCAGCGACCGAAUUUGGUCAAUUUGUACAAUGCCGAGUUAUCCUUCAUGUCCUUCGAAGGCCAGCAAAUCCAAGGAGCAGCCAAAAUCUUAGAAAAACUACAGGGUCUUACCUUCCAGAAAAUCUCCCGAGCCCUAACGGCGGUCGACUCCCAGCCCAUGUUUGACGGAGGUGUCCUAAUCAACGUUCUAGGCCGAUUGCAAACUGACGAUGAUCAGCCGCACGCCUACACGCAAACAUUCGUCCUGAAACCCAUCGGAACCAGCUUCUUUGUCCAGCACGACGUUUUCAGAUUAGCGUUGCACGACAUGUGUGACGACGAUCCACCGCAUGCCUACUCGCAGGUCUUCGUCCUGAAACCCCUGGGGACGUCGUUCUUCUGUGCGCACGACAUCUUCCGGCUGUGUAUCCACAACUCGGCAUAGACGGCGCCCUAGCCCAGAGCUUGCAGCACAUCGAAAUACGCGAGCGGUUAAUUUCGCACCGAGAAUAUACACCCCCACACAUACACAUGCACAUGCACACAAACACCACACCUACUACAAGUACAGCUAAUCAAACUGACGGGCUACCUUUUAUUAAAAAAAAUAUUAUGCUAUUUGCUGGUAUUUUCUUCGUGAAGAAAUGGGAAAAGUGAUAUCGUAUCGCUAUAAGAGAGUUUUCCUAUCCGCAUUACUGCUAACAACCCGUAAUAAUGAACAUGAUAAUGCUUAAUAUGUUUGUUUGAAAUUAAAUAAAAAUUUCGUUAAGAAAAACAAAAAUCAA